GUAACUAUUGUCAUCAGGCUCAACAAAGGGAUAACCCCUGCCUCCGCUUCUGCGCCGUAACAGACGAUUUAUAAUCGAACCUCGACGAUGCGACCUGUUUUCUCCGAGGGCAUUUCGCCCGGUUUCCAGGGCCAUGCCGGAGCGGGUGGAUUUCUCAUCACCCUGAUGGAAAUCACGUGAUCGAUGGCGUGCUCUCUGCUUGAUCUGAGAGGAUCAAACUUUUCACAACUAACCUCAAUAUGAUUGCCACUAUACUCAACACGACAGGCGGUCACAAAAAUGUCGUGCUCGAGGGCGGCAGAAUUAAUCGGCAUGUAUGAGGGACGAAAGGCAGCGAAAAAGGCGGCUCCAUUGCCGAUGAUGUCGUGAUUGCCCUUGUCUGCUCGUUUUUCUAUAUCAGACGGGCCAUUGGCACUUUUCCCCCUCUCUACACAAUCCCACUCCCCCGCCAGAGCAUCACAUCAUCCCACAAUUCCCCUAACCACGGCACAGCACACACACCCUUCCGGUUGUGUAAGUCGAUAUGCCAGCCAAGAUGCAUUCCAACUACCCCUCCGACACUGAGACCGCGGAUUUGAGGGAUUCUACAGAGUCCGGCUAUGUUAGUGGGGGCUCAAGCGACGACUAUCUCCCCGAAAUCGUCUUCACCAAGCCGCAUCUGCAAUUCCUCAACAGACAGCUUCAAUUCCUCGAGCCUCAAGAUGUCCUCAGAUGGUGUGUCACCUCGCUUCCUCACUUGUACCAGACCACCGCCUUUGGUCUCACAGGCCUCGUGAUCAUGGACAUGCUUUCCAAACUGUCCAUUCCACGCCCUCAAAUGGUCAACCUUAUCUUCCUCGACACUCUGCACCACUUCCCAGAGACCCUCACCCUUGUCGACAAGGUCCGCAAGAGGUACCCUCAUCAACACAUUCAUGUUUACAAGCCUCAAGGCGCCGAAACCGAGGAGGAGUUUGCCAAGAAGCACGGUGCUAAACUCUGGGAAACGGAUGACCAGCUCUAUGACUGGGUCGCCAAGGUGGAACCGGCUCAACGUGCAUACCGUGAACUGAACGUCCAUGCUGUCCUGACUGGACGUCGACGCAGUCAGGGAGGCAAGCGUGGAGAUCUCGACAUAAUUGAGGUCGACGAGGCCGGCCUGAUCAAAAUCAACCCACUCGCCAACUGGAAUUUCGACCAAGUCAAGCAAUACGUCAAGGAAAACGACCUACCAUACAACGAGCUUCUGGACAAGGGCUACAAAAGCAUUGGUGAUUACCACUCUACGCAACCCGUGAAAGAGAACGAAGAUGAGCGUUCCGGCCGCUGGAAGGGUCAAGCAAAGACCGAGUGCGGUAUCCACAACCCUCGAUCCAAGUAUGCUCAGUACCUUAUGGAGAUGGAGCGCAAGCGACAGGAGGAGGCCCUGUCUCAAGCGCUGCAGAACCAGCUCACAACCGCCCAAUAAGUAUUGGGUUAUGGUCGUAUUUUGCAUAGCACUGGCGUUUCCACUUGGUGUUCCCGUUCUAGCGAGUUUACAUGCAGUGUCUUUUACUUCAUCGGCGCAGUUAUGGACAUAAUGUUGUUACGAUUGUUUGAAAGACUUUUUUUUUUUGGGGUGGGGGUGGGGGAACGCGGACGUUCUCAAAAGCAUUUUCAUGCCAAUCACUCUUCCCACAUGAGGGUUUUGUACAGAAAAAAGUGACGCAUAGAGCAAUCUUCAGUACCAUAAUACGAUCCAGAAUUAUAGAAACAUCAGAUUACUCAGGCCUUUUUCCUAUCCAGAUGAUCGCUGCUCAGUCAUUGUGGCAUAUUCUCGCCAAAGCCAGUGGGGCAACGAGGGUUUCC